AUGCCUCCAAAAUCUUUGCCAUGGACGAAGUCACCGCUGAUUGUCAAUGCUCCAAUGGGCGGUUUUGCUGGACCAGAGCUUGCAAUUGCGGUGACCAAAGCAGGAGGGUUGGGCCAGAUUGGAGCGGUCACCGACAUGCAAGCACUCGAUCAUGGUUUGAGCAAGGUCGCCCAGGAACUAGACCGAAUCGACGGCUUGCUACCCAUCGGCGUGGGCUUUCUGCCCUUCGUCACGGACAUGGACCAAGCCAUACCUGUAUUAGAGAAGCACAGACCGGCUGUUGUGUGGCUCUUCGCAGCGAGCGAGUUCGAGCACUAUGCCACCUUGGCGACGCGGGUACGACGGGCCCUCCCAACUACGCAAAUCUGGAUCCAGGUAGGCUCGGUGGCUGCGGCCUUGCAGGUAGCAGAGACCGCAAAGCCAGAUGUUCUCUGCGUGCAAGGAAGCGACGCGGGAGGUCAUGGCUUCCAGAAGGGAGCUGGAAUAAUCUCUCUCCUCCCGGAGGUCGUGGACGCGCUUGCUGCGCAUGGCCACGACAUCGACGUUGUUGCUGCAGGAGGCAUUGCAGACGGCCGUGGUGUCGCAGCCGCGCUCAGCCUUGGUGCGCGAAGGGGUGUCGUUGUUGGCACUCGCUUUCUAGCAGCAGAAGAGACCCAGGUCCACCCUGCGUACCAAAAGGCCGUCCUUGCGAGUCAAGACGGAGGUCAGAGCACGAUUCGCAGCAAACUCUUCGAUAAUCUGCGCGGACCCAACAUAUGGCCGGUUGCGUAUGACGGCCGAAGUCUAAUCUCCGAAAGCUUUGAUGACCACGAGCGCGGUACUGAGAUGGAGGAGAUUCGGCGAAAGCAUCAGGCUGCACUUCAGCAAACGAAUGGAGGUUUCGGUGAAAGCGGCAGAAAAGGUUACGCGGCGAUCUGGGCGGGCACAGCAGUCGGACUUGUCACGAAGGUGCAGCCUGCGAAGAAGAUCGUAGAGGGGCUGCAGGCUGAAGCGAAGGAGGUGUUGCUGAAAGCGAGCGCUCGGCUGUGA